CUAUUCUUGCAUUUACCCAUUGCGUUAUACAGCACUUCUGGUCACAACUCAAAUAUUCUGAACCCACCUUUAUUCAGUAGAAGCUAUUGUCUACUUGUUGCUAUUUAUAUAAACUUAAAUUUUGUUUUUUCGAUUGUCAUUGUUUGUUACUGCAUGGAUAUGAAAAAACUUGAAAAAGCUGAAAAACUUUACUCAGAAAACAUCUUUUAGACAGCAGUCAAUAUAUAUAGAGGUAUCUAUAUAUAUUGAUGGAUUAGGGAAGAAUGCCAAACAUUGCCACUCCUAAAUUAGUGACAAUUAAGAAAUCAUACCAUUAUCAUUCAUCAUGUUACAAGCAGUAUAUGGUAAUAUAGUAUGUACUAACACACAUAUGUACCUGAACACAGUUGAUAUUACUAAUGUCAGUAUAUUGUAUUAUAUAAAGAUACAGCAAUAAACCUUACUUAGGAAUGAUAAGGAAUGGUAACACUGUGGUGGCUCCAAUUAGUGAACAUACAUACAGUAUGUAACUGGAGCUAUGGAGAGUCUACACAUCAAAGGCCCUUCACUGGUUUCUGUAUAUUACAUACUUUGUGGCUUCUAUGAUGAUAUAAAAGUAGUUAACAGUAGGAGCUGAAUUCAUUGCAAGAGACAAACAACUAAAAUCAGUUUAUAAUGGUAUCAGUAGUCCUAUUGACAAGAACUAUACUAGUUAUACUGAGUACAUGUUAUACAAAUGGACUAGAACUAGCUGACUUGUACCCAUAUGGUACACAACAUGGGGACACCAUGAUGACUGGAUCUAGUCUCUCUUCUACAUCAUUACUGGCUCCAAUUGAUAAUUUAGUUAGACUUAGUGAAGCUGGACUUAUGGCAACAAGAUAUUCAGUUAUACGCUUUGGGUACCUAGAAAUUGUAAAUAAUGGAAAUGAUAAAGUGUUUUUGAAUUUGCUCUACCGGUCUUCAAGUGAUACUUCCAAUACUAAGAUAUAUGGUAGGACUACUGCUUAUCCAGGGUUGAUACAGAGAGCUACGGAUCAGAUUAAUGAAGCAUUUCCUAAUACUUUCUGCAGUACAUCUCCUCCUACACAAUUAAUAAUAGUAACUUGGAUAGACUUUGCAAAAGCUGGCUCAAACCUAGGCAGUAACUUCCAAGCAAUAAUUGCAACUAAUGGAAGCAAUACAUUUGGUAUUGCACUUUAUGUCAAUGUGAGCAUUACAUCAGCUACUACUGGAAUAAGUUCGAACGUCAAUAGUCAUGUUGUACCAGCUGAUCCUUCUUUCUUUCCAUUUGGUGCUACUGUCACCAAUGCCCCUGCUAUGAUGCUUAAUAGCAACAUACCAGGGACAUAUAUAUUUUCACUGAAUCAUAUACCACCACCAGAUCCUUGCACUGAACCUAGCCCACCUGACUGCUCUGCUGUAUGUAAAGCUAAACUUCUCAAAAUGACAUGUGAGGCUUUGAGGAUUAAUCAUGAAAAUCUACCAGCUCCUUGUCAUAACUGAACAUAUUCCAUGGUCCAUUGUGUUUUAUUAUAUUCUUUUUAUGAUUAGAUUAUUUUAAGUAGUGAAUUAGUCAAUUUUAACAGUA